AUGGCCCCAUUCGUGCCCUACCACUACUCAGCCGGCCAGUCUACUAUUGUCAAGUAUGUAAUUGGCUCCUACGCCUUUUUGCUUAUAGAACAAGAUUCCCAUCAUCCAGAUUUGGCGGUCUCCUCACCACCGAAUUUCUCGAACCUCCACCAGGCCGUUGUUUUCUCUUCCCGUUGUUUUCUCUUCCGUCAGACAUACCGCCACACCAUUGAAGGCUCAAUCCCGGAAAACCUGCGGAAGCUCAUCAACAGCCCUGAUAGACCAAAGGGUCCGCCCCCGCAUUUUCACCAAUUUCAAACCGAGUACUUCCGCGUCGAGAAUGGAGUGCUCGGUAUUUCAGUGGACGGGGUCGUCCGCCGCAUCACUCCAGAAGAUGGCGAGAUCUCGGUCAAGGCGGGCAGUGUGCAUAAUUUCUUCAUUCAUCCAGAUACUCCCGAGAGCAUGACUGUCUACCUGAGUGCGUCGGACUCGGGGAACGAUUACCAGCUCGAUCGGGUCUUCUUCGAAAACUGGUACGGCUAUUGGCACGAUGCGUUGUUGCACGAUGGAGGGAUCGAUUGGAUCCAGUUUCUCGCGAUUCAAGACGGCGGGGAUGCCUACACACCCGCUCCCGCAUGGGUGCCUUUCCGCCGGCAGGUCGGAUACUGGACCUGUGUGAUUGUCGGCCGGUGGAUUGGUGGACUCUUGGGGUAUAAGCCGUUCUUCCGGGAAUAUACUACCGAUUGGGAUUUUGCUGUCGCCAAAAUGAAGGGUUCUUUCUUCCAGCGCCAUCUAGUGCAUUCCGCAUUUGAGGAGGAGAAGCCAUGGGCAAAACAGGAAGAGCUGGAACCAAAGGCUAAGCCUGAAAAUGCAGAGUUUGAGCCGUGGACGGAGGAUAUGUCCCCCACUCCAUUGGCCCUGGACGCAGUUGCGUAUCAGCAGGGGCUGAUCAACGGCUUACAGCCUGGGUCGGCGAAUGGAUCCAACGGUCACUCGACUGGCGUGGAGAGCAAAUUGAGCAGUUGA